CUUCCCUCCUUUCCACCUCCCAGCCAGGAUCACCUGGCUGAACCCCGCAGAGCCGGCCUCAAGGCCCAGCUAUAAGGCGGGAAGUCAGGGUGAGGGACCGCUUUCGGGGCAGCCUGUCAGGGUCCCUGGCUGGGAGGGGGCCUUCGCUGGCCUUCAGGGCGGGAAUUUCGCCAGAGCCCCUGGUGGCCAGGCAGGGCUCCUCCAGGUGGGCGCCCUUUGCCCCUCGAAGUUCCCACUUGCCACCUCCCCCAUAUAAGUCCUGGGCCUCACCUGGGCGGACAGGGGACUGGGGGGGUUGCUGUGGUGUGUGUGAUGGCAGGAGCCUCGGCCGGGGUCUGGGAUUGCCACGUGGCCCUGCUGCUGGUGACUGCUCUGGGGCUGGGGCAGCGGCUACACCCCAAGCCUGGUCUCUCCAGCCUGGGGUACAGCUAUGACUGUGGGGUCAAGGGCCUGCAGCUACGGGUGCUCCCCCAGUCAGGCCAGACGGUCCGCUUCAAGGUGGUAGAUGAAUUUGGGAACCAAUUUGAGGUGAACAACUGCUCUGCUUGCUACCACUGGGUCAGCACCAAGCCCCGGGCACCCGCUGUCUUCUCUGCAGGUUACAAAGGCUGCCACGUGCUGGAGAAGGACGGGCGCUCCCACCUGACGGUGUUCACUGAAGCCGUGCUGCCCGAUGGUCGAGUUGAUGCAACCCGAGAUGUCACUCUGAUUUGUCCUAAACCUGGCCACGCCUGGACUCCGGCCUCCCAUCCGGACCCACCCAUGGGCUUCUCCCUUCCCACGCCUCAGGCCCGGCCCCUCCGCCCCAUCCCAGAGCACAGCUUUGUCCGUGCAACCCCUGCUUCGCCGUCCCUCGGACCUGGACCCACCACCCAUCCCACCCAGGCUCAACCCCAGUGAGGCACCCUGGAACACGGGGGGUUGACGAGCCACCUUACCCAGGUAUGUAGAACACGGGGGGUUGACGAGCCACCUUACCCAGGUGUGCGUCUGACUCCAGGGCGAUGCCGGGUGUCCUCCAGACACCCCUGUGGAGUGAGAAGUUCAGAGGAAGCCUCUGCGGCCGGCUGCUGCUAUGACAACGGCAGAGAGGUUCCCUGUUACUACGGCAACACAGCAACUGUCCAGUGCUUCAGAAAUGGCCACUUUGUCCUGGUGGUGUCCCGAGAAACAGCCUUGGCACAUGGGAUCACACUGGCCAGCAUCCACAUGGCCUAUGCCCCCACCAGCUGCUCCCCGGCCCAGGAGACCGGGUCCUUUGUGGUCUUUCGCUUCCCUUUCUCCCACUGUGGGACCACGGUCCAGGUGGCUGGCAACCAGCUCAUCUAUGAGAAUCAGCUGGUGUCUGACAUCAAGGCCCAGACGGGGCCACAGGGCUCCAUCACGCGGGACGGCACCUUCCGGCUUCACGUGCGCUGCGUCUUUAACGCCAGUGACUUCCUGCCGCUCCGGGCGUCCAUCUUCCUGCCACCCUCGCCAGCCCCUGUGACCCAGUCCGGCCCCCUGCAGCUCCAGCUUCGGAUCGCCAAGGAUGAGAGUUUCCGCUCCUACUACGAGGAGGGGGACUACCCCCUCGUGAGGCUGCUGCGCCAGCCUGUCCCGGUGGAGGUCCGGCUCCUGCAGAGGACAGACCCCAGUCUGGUCCUGCUGCUGCACCGGUGCUGGGCGACUCGUGCCAACCCCUUCCAGCAGCCUCAGUGGCUCCUCCUGUCUGACAGGUGUUCUUUUGACGGUGACAGCUACAGGACCCGACUGGUAGCCUUGGACGAGGCAGAACUGUCCUUCCCAUCCCACUACCAGCACUUCACCGUUGCCACCUUCGCCCUCCUGGACCCUGGCUCCCAGAGGCCCCUCCGGGGAUGGGUUUACUUCUUCUGCAGCGUCUCUGCCUGCUCCCCUUCGGAGCUGGAGACGUGCUGCACUGUUUGCAGCUCUGGGCCUGCAAGACAGCGACGAUCCUACGCUCCCCACAGAAAAGCUGCCAGGCCCCAGAACCUCGUGAGCUCUCCAGGGCCAGUGGGCUUUGAGGAUUCUUCCAGGCAGGAGCCUCCGCCGGGGCCCACAGGCAUCCCCAGGAACGCCACCCCGGGGCCUCUCCUCUGGGUGGUCCUUCUGCUGGUGGCUGUUGCCCUGGUCUUGGGGGUCGGUGUUUUCAUGCGCCUGAGCCGAGCCCAGCACAGGAGCUCCAGGAAGGCAAUGGAGGGUGAAGGGGCUCAAUAAACCGCCGUCUCAGGCCUACCGAGCACGGGUGGAAAGCUGUUUGGGCGACUAGAAUGAUUUCGUCUUAGAAAGGUGUUCCUUAGCCUCGUCCUUCCUUUAAAAAACGUGGCCUCUUCUACGGGUAGUAUGUGCCGCACCCCAGGUAGAGUCGGGGGUCUCCCAAGACUGAACUUGGGACACUUUGCCUCUCAGCAAGGAGAGCUGGCAUUCCAGAGAAAACCAGACACGUGAAGGCAGAGUCCCGUAAAACCCUGGCGGAGUCAGAACAGCACCAGUGAGGAAGGGGGAACCGGGAGGGUGGGGCCCCGGCCCCGGGCCUUCUGACUGGGCGGCCUCCAGGCGCGCUGCUCAGCUGCCCUCGUGGCUCAGGGGAGCCCAGAUUUCCUGGGGCCGAAAGAGCUCUUCAGUCUUGCUCUGAGCCUCCCAGCUUCCCACCAAAGGAUGCUGGGCUACUGCUUUCAGCGCCACUUCCCCCUUUGCCCCCCAGGACUAGGCCCCACCCCGGUUGGCAGAGCAGCCCGUCAGCCCUGAUGCUGGCUGCCACGGUGGGUGCGGCCACCAGAUAGGUCGGUACCGGUGCUGGUGGGGCUGCUGACCUUCAUUUGCCCAUGUAGGACCUGGGCCUUCACCUCGGACUUGGCAGCAAAGACCUUUCCAGACGGACAUGUAGAUCUGGCAGUUGGAAGGGGUGAGGGGUGGGAGUAGGGUUCAGCCUCUGGUGAAGAGAUAGAAUAAUCUGGUAGGGGGGUCAAAAUCUGGCCUUUGACUUUUUGGUAGGCAUGAGCUGCGAGAGGAAGCAGAGGUGCUCAAGUCAGGCCAGUGGCCUUGACGCUGUGCAGGGACUCCUGCACUCUGGCCUACUACCUCUUUUCCAUCUUUAGGAUACCGGUCAUCCCCUGAGAGUCGCAAGCCAGGCUGCUUCAUUACAAUCCUGGUUCUGGCUCUUACUAGCUGUGUAAUGUUGAGUUACUCAACUUCCCUAUAGGCCUGUUUCCUCAUCUGUAAAAUGGGGAGAAUACCCAUCCCCACAGGGGUGUUAGAGAAAAUUAACAAAUAAGGAUCCUGGGGUGCCUGCGUGGCUCAGGUCAUGAUCCCAGGGGCCUGGGA